CGGGUACUUCCUGGAGUACAAAGACGGCGUCAGGACAAGGCGGGAGUAUGAGAUUAGCCCGGCUCAGGUCGUCGACCUCGGGGAAUGGGAGGAUCUGUACAACCAGCGGUCCCUGGAUCCCGUCCUGGUUUGAGGGGAUCAAAGAAGCGAUGCGGUCGGCGUUUGAAAAUAAAGAACAGACGUACGAGUUGCCGACCCUCAAGCUCGCACCAUUGGGGCUUCAAAAACCAACUCCCGGGACCAGGGGACAACGUUUGAAGCCGAAGGAGUGGAAGGAUGAGCUGGCGGGAGAAUACUACUACUACGCGGUGUGUGGGCAGCAUAACGUGGCUGCAGCCCGAUCGCUACUCGGCAGCGAGGUGGCCAAGAGAUACAAUUUCGAGCGAUGGCCGGCAAGAAUGGUGUAUUUUUCGGACGAUGACUUCAAAGGGUAUUUUCUUGUUAGUUCACAGGACAACAAGAAGGACCUCAAGGCGCCUCCCAGACAGUUGAAACUGUCUAUGAAAGACAUUCGGUGUCAGUGGAAGCACGACGGCUGCCCGAGGGCUGUGAUGGGGAACCCUAGCGGGAAACAAGAUCAGGUCCGGGAUUGGCGCAAAAAGGAGAAAGAGGAGGGUGAUUGGUUCGUGCAAGUGCCGGACCCGGACGCGCAUUGCUGGAAAGCGAUGAAAUCAUUCACGGAUAAUGAGAAGUGUCGCGUUCUGAAGAAGGUGCUUGCUUGUGAGGUCAUUUGGGUCCAGGCCGGCUCCCCGUCGUUGGCGAAGUUGGGCAAGCUCAGCGUGCAGGACAUGGUGCAGUUGGUGAAGUGCGACCUCGUGCUGGUCCGGUUGUGGAAUUACUACCAAUUCAAACACGAGAAGCGGUUGGACGCAGAUUGGAUCCAAAAGUACCCUUUCCUGAAAUCGAGGUCCGUCGUGUUCAAGAAGUUUGAAGGUCAGGGAUUGGAUGACGAUUUGUGGGAUAAUAGCAGGAAACACGUUUCCGACUCGGCGCUGUUCAAGGACUGCCCGCCGUACAUGGGUUGCGACCAGGACAACUCGAUUGAGGUGACGGAGAAGUUGGCGGGCCACAAGAAGUUUUCCGUCGACUGGAGAAACAAGGUUCUCUCCGUGUUGAAUGGGAGAAGACUGAAGAGCAGGGAAAUCGCACUUGUCGAAGGCAUUGUUCACAUCAAAUGGAAAGACACGGGGGACGUGACAUCCAUCGCGCCGUUCGGUAACGACCCUUUGGAGGCGGAAGUCAGGGGCGCAGAGCUAAAGGAAGCAGUGGCAGCUACAAAGAGCCACACGUGUGUCCUCGAUCUGUGCGAGCCGGUUGACCUCAAAUUGUGGAAACACCAAGCGUGGGAGACUUUGAAUUCCUAUCUUCAGACGUGGUGUCCGUCGCAUUGGACUCUCGUUGUUUUCGUGUCGCGGCAGCACAACCUCUCGUUUCUCGCCAGCAUGCAGCAUCUUUCUUUUGUUAAGCUGUUGGAAGGGAAGUGGGUGCGGAGAAGUCGGCAAAAGAAAAGUUUCCCCUUUGGGAACAAUUUGUACACGGAGGACGACCGCAUAUACAUCCUCUUCAAGGGUCACGAUCUGCGCGUCAACACGUCUGUGGUCUACGAGGGAAAGCUUCCCAAGGGUGUCGCUGCUGCAGUGCGGUUGCCUCAGAGGGUCACCCAGACGGAUGUGUCCGAGAUUCCCUUCAUUCCGUGCGACUGGUCGCUGCUCGCGCCGGAACGACAGGGCAGUGUCUACGGGGAUAUGGAACGUAAUCUGACACAAUUCGUCGGACUUCUGGAUUUCCUUAGCAAGAAGGGAGAGGGUGUCGUGUUCCUUAGGAAACCACACGCGCGAAGCUUGAGCGAGACGAAGAGGAAGAAGAUAUACAAUUUCUUGUUCCUUCAAACGAGGCCGCGGAAGGACACUGACGCCGAGUACGUCCGCCGCAAGGACCACAUGUUGACACUGCUCGACAACUACCACUUCGUCUCCCGCAUGAACGCGAAGACGUUUCUCGAAAGGCUGCAGUCGCUGUAUUUCGUGGAGUCCGAGGAGCAGUUGAAGUUAGCCAGUUACGCUUCCUUGAUCUCCACUGAUGACGAGAAGGCCACAGCGAGGGAGACGUUGGCAGCCUUGGUUGCUCUCGGCAGCCGCUCCGGCGGAAAGUUGAAGUCCGUCGAGAUCCGAACUACGUCGGUUGAGGAGCCGCCAGAGCGGUCCGGACUGCAAAGCCGCUCGGGGUCGGGGGAGCCGAGCCAGGAUCCCGAAAUUGGCAGCAUUGUGGCGCGGGAUGGAAAGGUGUCGCCUGAGCGAGAGCGACGGCCGCAAGAAUUGCAGCGAGAGGCUGGAAGUGCAGGGUCCGGCGACAUGGAGACGACGAAGUCCGCCGAGAUGCGAACUUCUUCGGGCGGGGGGUGUCGGCGAGGGAUUGUCGUGCCGCCGAGAGGGGCACCAUGCACGGAGACGGAAGGGCGGUCAUCGGGGUUCAACACGGGUGCCGCGGAAGGGGAUGAGUUUCGUGGAAAGGAAGUAGGGGAGGAAAUGGAGGAAGGGAAGGAAGCGCAAGAAGGGGAGGAAGAAGGGGAAGAAGAGGAGGAAGGGGAGGAAGCGGGAAAAACGGAGCUACUUUAAUUGCUUGAAGGAAAGGACCAUGCCGGAUCUGGAGAGUCGUCUGACGAGUUCGGACAACUGUACGGAGAGC